CCUCUUUCUCUCUGUGUCUCUCUGUCUCUCUCGCUCUCUCUUCCUGAUGUGGUUGGAUAUAAGUCUUGUGGCAUUUCCUGCUGCAGAGACUCGGUGAAACAGCUGUCCUGCUUUGGAGUGGCAAAGCUUUUCUUUCUCCCUCCGCCCUCCCCGGAUCUGUUGCUUUGUUGCCUGCCUGCCUGCCUGCCUGCCGCUGCUGGCCCUGGAAACCGGGACCCAGGAGGGACGCUUGGCGAGGCUGGCUGCCGCGCUCCGGGCCCUCGAGGGCUCUUGGCUGCGAGGGCGCCAGAAAGCAGCGGAGCAAGAGAGAGGCGGGCGCGGCGGGUGCGCGCCAGGGGCACCACCUCCUCCCCGGGCAACGCGGCGCAUGGCAGCGGUUUGGGGAAAGUGACACUUGGCGGCGCGGGAGGAGGAGGAGGAGGAGGAGGCGGCGGCCUCGAGCCCACGGCAGCUUCGGGGACGCGGUCGCGUUGUGGAAGAAGGCGACCAUGAGCGACGCGCCGGGGCGAUGCUUCCCGGGGAACUUUUGACUAUGGUGAGGAGGAGCUGCUUCUUGGCGACGCGGGGCGCUCGCUGCUGUUCGGCUCGCCGGCAGGAAUUGGGGCGAGGGGGCUCUCGGGCUGCUGCUGUCUGCGCGCUGAGGAGGAGAAAACCCCUGCUGCUCAUGCCAUGAAGGAAGAGAAUUUUCUUCGGCGCAGGUUCUCGCUCUGCCCUGCCUCAUCCACUCCUCAGAAAAUAGAUCCUCAGAAGCUGACCCGGAACCUGUUUUUUGGGACCGAUAAUGAGAUCUACCCAAUCAGCCCAGGGAAGGAUAUGGAAGGAAACAGCUUGCCCAUGAUGAAGGAUGAGAUUCCUCCGACGCCCAACUCUAUUAAUAAGAUUGAAUACAAAUUUUGCAAUGGGUCUGAUAAAGAGUGUGUAUCUCCCACUGGCAAAAGCAACAAGAAGGAGACUUUGAAGGUACAGAAGAAGAAUUACAGGCAGGAAAAGAAAAGAGCGACCAAGCAACUCUUCAGUGCUUUGAAAGAUCCCAGUGUGGUCAUUAUGGCAGAUUGGCUGAAGAUUCGUGGGACUCUGAAAAGCUGGACCAAGUUGUGGUGUGUGCUGAAACCCGGAGUCCUGCUGAUCUACAAAACACCAAAGGUCGGGCAGUGGGUGGGCACCAUCUUGCUUCAUUCCUGUGAGCUGAUUGAGAGACCCUCCAAAAAGGACGGCUUCUGUUUCAAACUUUUUCACCCGCUGGAUCAGUCCAUUUGGGCUGUGAAGGGUCCAAAGGGAGAGAAUGUAGGCUCAAUCACACAGCCUCUUCCAAGCAGCUACUUGAUCUUCAGGGCAGCUUCCGAAUCAGAUGGCCGGUGUUGGUUGGAUGCUCUGGAACUGGCCUUGCGCUGCUCAAGCCUCUUCAGGCUCAGUGCAUCCAAGCAAGGGAAAGAUGGAGAGUUGAAUUGCUCGGCUGAUUCUUCGCAUGCUGGCCUGUACAACCUACUGCACACGGCUACCAUCUCGGAUCAGGAACUUUUUCACUUUAAUGAGUCAGCUCUGGAGAACCACCACCUAGAGAACGAUGCUUUCUCAGACAAAUCUGAAAGGGACAAUAUAGAAGAGUCUGAGAACGAGAUGCAUGAGAACAGCCGGAAGACAAACGAAAGUGAGAGCGAUCAGUCCGAACUCCACGGGGAGUCGUCCCAGGAAAAGAAAGGGACCACCUACUUGGAGCAGAACUAUGAAGAAUUUGGAGAGACGGGUGAAUGCUCUCAAACAGAAACUGUGUCCGAUGAAAACAAGAGCUUGAUGUGGAUCAUCCUGAAGCAGCUGAGGCCUGGCAUGGACUUGUCCCGCGUCGUUCUGCCCACCUUCAUCUUGGAGCCGCGCUCCUUCCUCAACAAGCUUUCCGAUUAUUACUACCACGCCGACCUACUUUCCCAAGCUGCUCUUGAAGAAGACCCAUAUUGUCGAAUCAAGCAAGUAUUGAGAUGGUACCUAUCGGGCUUUUAUAAGAAGCCAAAGGGAAUAAAAAAGCCAUACAAUCCCAUUUUGGGAGAGACCUUUCGUUGCUGUUGGUUUCAUCCACAGACAAACAGUCACACAUUUUACAUAGCCGAACAGGUUUCUCAUCAUCCUCCUGUAUCAGCCUUUCAUGUCAGUAACAGGAAGGAUGGUUUCUGUAUAAAUGGCAGCAUUCUAGCCAAAUCUAAGUUUUAUGGUAAUUCACUUUCGGCAUUGCUGGAUGGACAAGCAAAACUUACCUUUCUAAGCAGCGGGGAGGAGUACAUCAUUACUAUGCCAUACGCACACUGCAAAGGGAUUCUAUAUGGUACCAUGACAAUGGAGCUUGGGGGGAAAGUUACCAUUGAUUGUGAGAAAAGCAAUCAUCGGGCAGAACUGGAAUUCAAAUUAAAGCCAUUCUUUGGUGGCAGCACAAGCAUUAAUCAAAUCUCGGGGAAGAUUAAAUCAGGAGAAGAAGUGCUGGCGAGUCUCGAUGGACACUGGGAUGGAGAGGUUUAUAUAAAUGACCUGAAAAAUGGCAGCACAGAUAUUUUCUGGAAUCCAACCAGUGAGGUCCGAAAGCAGAGACUGAAGCGUCACAUUGUGCUAUUUGAAGAGCAAACAGAGUUUGAAUCUGAGAGGCUCUGGCAGCACGUAACCAGUGCAAUCAGCAAAGGAGACCAGAACAAGGCAACACAAGAAAAGUUUGUGUUGGAAGAGGAGCAGAGGAAUGCAGCGCGGGAGCGGAAGGACAAUGGGACAGAGUGGAAGCCUCUGCUCUUCUGGCAUGAUCCUGCCACGAACGAAUGGCACUACAAAUAUGAAGAUUUGCGGCCCUGGGACCCUUUGAAUGACAUUGCCCAGUACGAGAAGGAUGGCAUACUUCAGACCAUGCAGAGGCACUUAUCCAAUCGAAUGUCAACUCACAAAAACAUGUGCAACAGCAACCAAGUUGCACGGCACAAGAGGUCUGCAAAUGAUUGUAGACGGCGUAAAGCCGGCGAUCAACCGUCCAGCAACAGUCAGAACACUGAAAGUAGCUGUUCAACACCGGAGUCUGUACAGGAACUUUCAGAUGAUGACAGCUUCGAAAGUCCGGGUGCUCAGUGUGGGAAAGAAACCGACCCUUUGAAAGAAAUUCACACUGCUGUCUUAUCCCUCCAGAGAGCCCAACAGGAGAUACACAGAAACCUCACUGCUCUGAACAAAAAGUCGCUCUACAGGAGGGCCUCAUCGGAAAACCUCUUCCUGGACUCUCGCUGUUGGUUUCUUCUGUGCAUCUUUCUAACAUGUCAGCUCUUCAUUAAUUAUGUGUUCAAAUAGAAAGCACUGCAUUUGGCAGCAAUAACAAGUGACCAGCUGCAGGAAUGGGGAGACUUAAUUGCAAGGAGCCCACUGAGGCACCAAGCACUUUAAUACCUACGCAGUCGGGGGCAAGAGGAAGCGAGAACAAGGUUAACCAGGGAGCCUGCAGAGUUUUGUUCUUCAGAUUAAUGUCAUUGCCUUUUUACAUGUACAUCUACAAGGACCUCUUUACCUGUAUGGGCCUUAACGCUAAAGCCAAAUGUAGCUUUAAUUGUGCAAUUUUGUUUUCUAUGUUUUGUCAUUUUCUGAGACAACUAAGAUUUACCAGCCAGUAUUUGGUGCCCCCUUUAACACUUCUACACAUCUACUUGGUUUUAUAAAACGAUUCCUAGUGUCUUGUUUUAUAGCUCUUCUGUGGGUGGGGGAAGGGCGUUUUGCCAUCCAUCAAGAUGCCUUUUGAUAAAUUUCCCAUAUGGAAGGGAAUGUUAGGCACCCAUGUGAAAAUUGAACCAACUUGGGUUAUCGAUAGCACAGCUUCUCCUUGGGUCUUCUAAUCAGUGCUCUCACAUGCCAAAUCCCUACAAACAGCACAUCUCACUCCAUCCCACCAAGAUUGUAAAUAUACACAAUUUCUUAAAUCCUGCCCUUCUAAGAAAUAUGAGGCCACAACCAAUGAGGCCCCAGAGAGUCAGACAUGCCUGUUUAUGAUUUGAUUUAAUAUAUAUAUAUGUUUUUACAUUGAUUAAAACAUACACACACACACAAGCAUUGUAUAAAGGAAUGCCUCCGAAAUGUACCAUUAUUCCAUGAUGGGUGGAAGAAGAUGGGUGUAGAAGCACUUCUGUAUAUAGGUAAUUUCAUAUGUCACAAAUUCACUACAGUUCUGGGGUUCACUGGGCUUAUUUUGUGAUGCGGGAGACAUUUUGUCCAUUGAUGAAUACAGGGUAGUUAUGUGAGCAGGUGCAAGCAAUUGCUCCUGCAGUUUUCUGAAGUGAUCACUUGCAACAGUUGGCUCAUCUUCCUUGUGCUUUACAUCAAGGGACAACUGUUUCUGAGUAUCAUAGAGAGACCUCCUUUCCUGUAUAGGACUGAUCCUGUGAUUGUGAGAAGGCACCCUGCGUACAUUGUUUGCUCUUAGGUACAUUUAAAGGUUAAAGGUCAGGAAUAGUAAGGGUUUGCCACUGCAUCCUCCAAAUCUGUUGAUAGUCUUCCUAUUUUUACACCAUUUUUAAAAGAUUUGCAAUAUUUUAUGUAGACUUGCAGCCAGUACUAAGCCUUUUUUUCUGGCCUGAAAUAGUUCCAAGUGGUAAGUACUGCUAUAUAUAUAUAUAUAAAGAUAUUAUAUAUAUAAAUAUAUAUAUACAGCCUUAAAAUAUUUAGUGGUGGUGCCAGUCUGGGCUAACUUUCAAUGUAAAUGUUUCCAGAUUUUUAACUACAUUCCUUGUGAUGUUCCCCGUUAGGGGAAAACUUGUUUGUGCUUGAUACAUUGAAAUAAAUUACACAACUUUCACUUA